AUGGGUCUCCGAACGAUGUUUCCUGCUUCGAGGGAGAAGCCUGCCUCUCAGUACAGUCUAGGGGCAAAUAUCCCUGACAAGAAAACCGGAUUUGGUCCCUUCACUGGUAGUGAUGUUGCUCUCCUCCGAGAACACUACAAUCUUUCAACGUGGAUUCUGCUAGGCUGUGUCCUUCAGUCAGGCAUCUAUUUCGUCUUCCCACGCUCAUACGCGGCCUUUCCAGCACUGCUCCUUUUCGGUUGGGGCAUUGUUGAUGUCAUGUUGAUGCAUUCCGGCUUGAGGAAAGAUAUCUAUAUCGAAGAUGUGAUCGAUGGCAAGUGGAGCGUAGCAUACCCGGGCCCAGGAGAGACAGAAGCGAUUGGCGGCAAGCCGGGCGACAAUGGACCAGGCGCUGUCAUGAUCCUUGGCACGCGGUCAAAUUCUCCCAUGGGCUUCUUUGCAGAGGGAUUCAAAGAGGUUGGCGACAGAUUCCGGACCAUGCUAGUACAGCUUGAGGAAACCAGAGAAGAUAGCGGCUUCAUGGGUAUGUCAACAUGGACAUCCGCCGGAGAACGAUCUUCGCGAAAUGAAUACGCGACGAUAAGCUACUGGCGGUCGGUCGAAGAUAUCCAUCAAUUUGCGCUGUCACCUGUCCACAAGGACGCCUGGAAGUGGUGGAACGACACCGCCAAAGCGCAUAAGCAUAUCGGCAUCAUGCAUGAAGUAUUCGCAUUGCCAGAGCGCUCAGGCUGGGAAGGCAUCUACAUCAACUACCACCCCACCGGCUUGGGGAAGACCUCCCGCCCUGUCAAGAACAAGGAGACUGGUGAAGUGACGUGGGUCAAUCCGAUUGUGGACGCGAGUAGAGGUGCGUACAGAACCAGCCAUGGCAGAAUGUCGAGGGGAGACGCCGAGGGAAAGGGCACGGCGGAGAUGCCAAAGGAUCCCGAGAUCUAUAACAAAUUCUGA